AUUUACAGUAACCAGGGUGUCUGGUAUCUUGACCAUCUGGAUGUACCUUGGGAUGAGGUCUAUACUGCUGAGCCACUAGAAGGAAUACAAAAAGCUUCUGAACAAGAGCUUGUAAUUGGAGGAGAAGUUUGCAUGUGGGCCGAGACAGUUGAUACAUCCGAUGUUCAGCAAACAAUAUGGCCUCGAGCUGCUGCAGCUGCAGAACGCUUAUGGAGUCAGAGAGAUUCUUCCUCAAAAAAUGUUACCAUAACUGCAUUGCCUCGGUUGCAAAACUUCAGAUGUCUGUUGAAUAAACGAGGGGUUCCAGCUGCUCCUGUGAAGAAUUUUUAUGCUAGAAGGGCACCUGUGGGUCCAGGGUCAUGUUAUGAGCAAUAAUCCAUAUAAUGAUCCUUCUGUCGUGUGUAAUCUGGUUGUUGAUGCCAGAACUCUAAUCUUCCGCCAACCCAUAUUGCAAUGUAAUUUACUGUUGAAUUAAAUAAAUCAUGUCCAGUUUACAUUUUUUU